ACGGAGGUCAAACGAGAGGAAAGAUGGCGAGCACCUAUGAUAGUUUCAACUUGCGCACCACACCAGAGAAGUUUUACAUAGAGGCUUGUGAUGAUGGUUCUGUGGAUGUCCUGACUAUUGACAGGGUGUCAGCUGAGAUGACCGUCUCAGUGAGGAGGGACAUCCCUGCAACUGCUGAGACCAGACCAAUAUGUGGACUGAUGGGGACCAUACAUUUGGUGGCAGGUAAGUUCAGUAUGAAAUGCGGGAUGUUUAUGUGUAAGCCAGGCCAGGAAACUAUGGCAACCAUCAGCUAUUGGAUUAUAGCUAUGUAUGGCUAUGCUCGUGCUCUGCUGUGCUUUGUCAUUUCCAAACACCUGUGUGUAUUAGGUGUGUACCUGGUUGUCAUUACAAAGAAGAAGAAGGUGGGGGAUCUGCUGGGCCAUGCUGUGUGGAAGGCUCUGGACUUUGACAUAAUCUCCUAUAAGAAGACAAUACUACACCUGACAGACAACCAGAUGCAGGAUAACAAGACUUUCCUGUCCAUGAUCAACAAUGUGCUUCAUACAGAUGGCUUCUACUUUGCAGCAGACUAUGACCUGACCCACACUCUGCAGCGCUUGGCCAACACCAGCCCGGAAUUUCAGGAGACGAGCCUUCUAGAAAGGGCAGAUCAGCGUUUUGUCUGGAAUGGCCACCUGUUGAGGGAAUUCAUUGCACAGCCAGAGUUACACAAGUUUGUAUAUCCUGUUGUCCACGGCUUCAUUAUCAUAAAGUCAAGCUGCAUCAAUGGAAAGGUGUUUGACUGGAGCAUUAUCUCCAGGAGGAGCUGUUUCAGAGCUGGGGUCCGCUACCAUGUCAGAGGCAUUGAUUCAGAAGGCCAUGCUGCCAACUAUGUAGAAACAGAGCAGGUAGUGCAAUACAACAGUGCCAAGGCUUCAUUUGUACAGACAAGAGGCUCCAUCCCCUUCUACUGGUCCCAAAGGCCCAAUCUCAAAUACAAGCCAAAGCCACAAAUCAGCAAAACAGUCAACCAUUUGGAUGGAUUCCAGAGACACUUUGACUCACAGAUUAUUCUCUAUGGAAGACAAGUCAUUUUGAACCUGAUCAACCAAACAGGCUCAGAAAAGCCUCUGGAGCUAGCAUUUGACAAGAUGGUAACUAGCUUGGGAAAUGGCAUGAUCAAGUACAUAGCAUUUGACUUCCAUAAGGAAUGCAGUCGGAUGAGGUGGCACCGACUACAAAUCUUAUUGGACAUGGUCGCUGAAAUGCAGGAUGAGUUUGGGUAUUUCCUGGUGGAUGCAGAUGGGAAGGUGCUGUCGAACCAGGAGGGGACAUUUCGCAGCAACUGCAUGGACUGUCUGGACCGCACCAAUGUCAUCCAGAGCCUUCUGGCCCGAUGCACGCUGCAGUCACAGCUACAGAAAAUGGGAGUCCUCCACAUGAGCCAGCAGAUUGAAGAGCAAGCAGACUUUGAGAAGAUGUACAAGAAUGCUUGGGCAGAUAAUGCAGAUGCCUGUGCCAAGCAGUAUGCUGGUACUGGUGCCUUGAAGACUGACUUCACCAGGACAGGAAAGAGGACUCAGUGGGGGCUGCUGAUGGAUGGCUGGAACUCCAUUAUCCGAUAUUACAAAAACAACUUCUCUGAUGGUUUUAGACAGGACUCCAUUGAUCUGUUCCUUGGCAAUUAUGCUGUGGAUGAAGCUGAUUGGACCACUCCACUGCAUAACCUCAAAGACUUGAAGUUUCUGACGUUGCCUAUAAUCAUGGUGGUAGCAUUCUCUAUGUGUAUCAUCUGUCUGCUAAUGGCUGGUGACACGUGGAUGGAGACACUGGCCUAUGUCCUGUUCUGGGGAAUAGCUAGUGUGGUGACAGGUGGCCUCAUCCUUUUUAAUGGACGGGACUUCAUAGAUGCUCCCAAGCUGGUACAGAAGGAGAAGCUGGACUGAAUGUGUGUGUGUGGAAAGCAGCUAGGCCCUGGUGAUCUCACCACCUCAUCCUCUACAUCUUCAUCACUUGACUCCCAGCAUCAGCAGGCCUGGAGCCUUUACUAGAAGAGAGGGAGGAGUGGAGGAGGGUGAGGGCAGCAGGGCCAGCCUCGUGUACAAGAACAGUGGAAAGACAGAGACUGGAAGUGCACAGGCCUGCUGCUGUCCACACUGCAGCGUCACUCAUGUGGACAGGACUGUCUGUCCACAGGCUGAACCUCUGGACUUUGUUCUAACUGGAUGUCAUUUCUGAUUUCAGAGGAAUUUUGUGGGAUCUUUGUAAGAUUUCACAUGUCCCACUGCAUUCCCUCAAUGGGAUGCAUUGGGAUCAGAUUCAGAAUUGCUGCUGUGAUGUCACAGGACAGUAGUAAAUGAAGUACAGUAUACUGUUUAUUAGCCUUUUGUUUUUUUCUUUUGGUUUGCCAUUGCCAAGAUAUGUUUAUAGCUCUGUCUCAGCUUAGAUGGUACCUGUCUGCCUCUGUAAAACCAAUAACAGGUCGAUAUGGCUCAGAGAAAUGCUGCCUUAUUUAGCCAGUUAAAAUAACAUGUAUCAUUGGAAGUCUUCAGUAUCUGGAUUGUAUAACUGCAUUUGAGCAGUAUUUAUCACCUCAUAUUGUCAGGGAAAAUAGAAGAUAACCAAAUUACAAUAGGAAGGUGUUUGUGAUGAGGUGAUCAUCAGUAUCUGUCAAUGAAAAAGCUGUUACAAACUGUAAAAGGCAGGUAUAAACUCCUCUGUUUGUUCCUGUUAGUAGCCUGUUCAGCAAAACAUGUUAAGCUCUUAGAAGGAUUAGGGAAGCAGAGUUUAAGCUAUUUCUUUAAUCUGUAGUCAGCCACAUGAACAAUAAUUAGUUUAAUAAUCUCCACAAAUGUAUGAAAUACAGUAGAUGUUUUUCCAUAUCUAUUGGCAUGACCUAUAUUAAAUGCAGAAUCAAAGUGCAUUAUAUAUUUAAAUAACGCAUUAAGCAAAGACACAUUUUUCUGAAUUAUAAAGUACAGUAUGAAAUAUUGACUUUGUUUAUAAUUUCUUCCACUCUCAUCUCACACUAUUCAACAAUUCGCCAGACAAAAUGUACAACAGCCAAGUAUUAAACACAGCGGCACAACUUCCAGCUUCAUUGGAGAACAUACAUUUUGUUCAGACUUGACACGUUGGACAUUUCUUACAAUUUUAACAAAUGUUUUAUGUAACAUGUUAUUUACUG